AAAUCUUUGUUACUUUAGGAUAAUUUGAGGUGAAGAGAAGAGAUCCGUAUCAUGAUCCAAAAUUUGCUCUUCUCUCUACCUAUCUCAUACUGCAAAAGAGUAUUAGCUCAUCCUUAUCACUUUUCAGAAAAUCUUCUCGACUAUCUUCAGGCAUGGCCAUGGCCCAUGUCAACAAAACUGUUUGUUUUCACAGAUGUGUAGUCUGCAUGCAAAUUUCAAGACACGUAGACACAGCUCCCUGCCACCUGUUCUUCCAAGUGUCAGUUCAAGAUAGCUAUAAAUUCCAUAGCUUGAUACCUUGCCACCAUUCAAGAUCAGGAGUUCACUGCAAUAAACCCUAAUCUCCAUCAACUUUGAAAAGUAGUACAUAGAGUUUAUAGAAGAAUGGCUUCAGGUGGAAAGCAGCAAUUCCCUCCUCAAAGGCAAGGAACUCAGCCAGGGAAAGAACAUGCCAUGGAUCCCACUCCUCAGUUCACAAACCCUGAUUACAAACCCUCCAAUAAGCUCCAAGGUAAGGUGGCGCUUGUGACAGGUGGCGACUCCGGGAUCGGCCCAACGGUGUGCCAUCUGUUUGCUCAGGAGGGUGCAACGGUGGCCUUCACGUAUGUGAAGGGACAUGAGGACAAGGACGCAAAGGAGACGCUCCAAGCGAUCAAGCAGGUCAAGGCUUCUGAUGCCAAGGAGCCCAUGGCUCUUGCUGCUGAUCUGGGAUUUGAUGAAAAUUGCAAGAAGGUUGUCGAUGAGGUUGCCAACGCGUACGGCCGCAUUGAUAUUCUGGUUAACAAUGCCGCCGAGCAGUACAAGGCGGGCUCUGUUGAGGAUAUUGAUGAGGCCCGUUUGGAGAGGGUGUUUAGGACCAACAUAUUUUCUUGUUUCUUCAUGACAGGGCAUGCACUGAAGCACAUGAAAGAAGGUGGCUCCGUUAUUUGCACAACAUCGAUCGUCGCGUACAAGGGAAGUGACAGCCUACUUGAUUACUGUGCAACUAAGGGCGCCAUCGUAGCUUUCAUAAGAGGACUUGCACUGCAGCAGGUUAAACGAGGCAUUCGAGUUAAUGGUGUAGCUCCUGGACCGAUAUGGACCCCGUUGAUUCCAGCAUCUUUCGAUGAGGAGGAGGUCCAACGAUUUGGGAACGAAGUGCCAAUGCAGCGCGCCGGGCAGCCGUAUGAGGUUGGACCGACCUACGUCUUCCUUGCUUCAGAAGCUUUCUCUUCUUACUACACCGGCCAAGUCUUCCAUCCCGACGGUGGCGUUAUAGUAAAUGCUUGAAGGGGUCUGUGAAGGAGUGUUUUUGUCUUUUGAGUACUAAUAUUAAUAUAGUAAGCUAAGUAGUGUCUCCUUUGUAUGUAUGGAGAGAAUGUUGAUUAAAUGGUUUGGAAAUGUCUGUUGUGUCCCUUAGGCUCCGGCGGAUCAAUAUCUGAUGUGAAAUUGUCUGUCAGUCGGUAAAAAAAGUUUGUAACGUACUUUUUCUCAAUAAAAAUAAAGUAACGUGAGUGAUCAAGAAAUG